GACUCGCUUAGCAAACAUGGAGUUGCUCUGCACGUUGCCAAAAGUGAUUGUGGUGAUUGCUAGCUGCUUGUUAAUCUUUUGCUAAUCAAACUAUACCUAAACUCGAUAGUUUAUCUAAGUAGUUAAUGUCGUUACUCAGUUUCUGGGAGUCGCAUGGAUUGAGCCGAAUUUCUGAACGUUUUCAUCCGGCUAACAUCCCGAGGAGACACAUUUAUUUUGAAAAAUGAGCGGAAUUAAAGCAGGCACUAAAAAAUCCGCUGUGACCACAGAUUGGACCAAGAAAAGCCUCCAGAAGCUUCUUGCUGCAAUGAAAACCAGCAUUCCAGAAGAAGACAGAAUGACUGCAUACAACAAAGGACUGAAAGCUGUGGACUGGAAGAAGGUGGCUUUUCCCCCUUUCUCUCCGGAAGCAUGUCAAAAAAAGUGGACAGAGAUGUUGUACAAGAUGCGCAAGAUUCGCUCCCUCACAGAGCUCAUCAUUGAAGCUGAAGGUGCCAUUUCCAAUCCUGUCCAGAAGGUCCACCCAGCACUCCCGAAGAGACCCAGCCCUCCAAAUGCUAUUUUUUAUGAGGAGAACAGGGCCAGGUUUCUUGAGAAGCACCCAAAAAUGACAAACCAAAAGCUGUUCAGGUUGCUGAUCAAGACAUACAAGGAGCUUCCAGAUGAAGAGAAGGCUAAAUAUGUGGAGAAGCACCAACUUGCAACUGCAGAAUACAACAGACGGAUGCUGGAGUACAGGAAACGAUAUCGUAAAUCCCCCAAACCGAAGAGAGUCUCUGCAGGCACCCCAGAUGGUGAAGAUGCAGAUGGCCUCCCUCCCAAGCCUCCUUGCAAUGGCUAUAAUCUGUUCUGCAAAGAGCAACUGGCAUCCAUGGUGGGCGUCUCAAGAAAUUCCUUUGUGAGUGUGUGGGCCCAACGUUGGCGAGAUUUGACUGAGAGAGAGAGGGACGAGUACAGCAAGCGAUGCAGAGAGUUGAAGAGUCAGUACUGGAUCCAGCUGAAUGAAUAUCUAACGACUUUGGAUAAAAAGGAGCAGCAGCGGAUCCUAAAUAAGCAUGGCAUCAAGAGACUGAAGGCCAUUCAAGAAGAAGCGACGCUUCCCGGCGAGCCGAAGAUGCCGUCUCGAACUGGUAAAGGGAUUUUUUACAAUGAUCACAUGAAACUUCUGAAGCAGAAAUGCCUAAACCCGAGGGAGCGCUUCAUUAAGGUCAAUCAAAUAUGGCAGAGCCUCUCCCAAAAUGAGAAGCAAUGCUACAAGAAGAAAGCAAAUAAAAACAUGAUGAAAUACUCAAUGGCGCUCCAGGAGUGGUUUAAGACAUUGACUCCAGCAGAGCAGGAAGACUAUCAGACACAUCACCCUAGUAAAUGUAUACAUCUUGGGGCCAAACACACGACAAAUGAAAACUUGUGCAGACCAUCAGAUUCAGAAGAUGAAGACAUUAAGGAUGACAGCAGUGAUGAAGAGGAGGACAGUGAUGAAGAGGAGGAGGAGGAGGAGGAGGAAGAAGAAGAAGAAGAAGAAGAAGGGGAUGACAUCUCGUUUGAGAUUAUUUAGAUGGUGAUGAGAUGGACAGCAGACACACACACACAGACACACACAAAUGUCAAGUUUCAGAGCUGGAUUAUGGAUUUGAGACGAUGGACGAUCGCUCCAGUUGCUGACUUUAAUGCCUCCUUGUUUGGCGACCAUGUUGGCUGGAAGGUAGCCAUCACCAGUGCUCUUCUGCGUUUUGCCACAACCAAGCCUGGAUUACAAAGUGCCUUUGACCUGCGACCACACAAGCCCCAGGUUACCUACUAUGUGAAAAUCUGUUUAGUAUGGGAACAUGCGCUACUAAAGCAUAACAUAUUCUGUCGAGAUGAGGGUCUUAAACACCUGAAAACCUGUAUUUCUCUUUAACAGUAGAUAUUCCUGAAUGUAGUUAUUGCAUUGUGUGUUAUACAACAGUUAAUCAGAAUAACCAGAGUGGCUGUAACUUUGGCAGAGUUGUGUGUUGAUUGCUCAUAGUAACAGGCUAUUUGUGAAAUCAAGCUUCAGGUCCUGGUGGCUCCUGCUUUACAGCCUGCUGUGACUGUAGGAUCCCUGUGCAAAAAUCCAGUUUGAAUCCCUUCAUUAUUUCAUCUUAUGUUGUAUUUACAUGCUAUGUGUCCCCAAAUUAGGGUUAGGGUGAGAAAAAUGGGGGAAAGAUCUUAAUUUGACCCUUGCCACAAAGUAAUGCAUCUGAGGAAGUUUUUUUUUUUUCCUUUUUACUUUUAUGUGACAACAUGUGUGUACAAAGUUAAAAGAAAACAGCAUGACAACAGGAUUUUUCCUGAUUUUGUUGAAUGAAUGUAAUUAUGUGUUUUCUGGAAUAGCCAAUUGUUUUUCUUUUAAAUGCGUGCGAAAACAAAAGAAUUCACCUUAUCAAGGAAGCCUUAUUGUUUGUAAAUCGGAGAAAGAAGAGACCUUUCUAAUAAACGUGUAAAGAUCUGA